GGUUUACUUCGGAAUGAUCCAUCUCCUGCCCACAGCCUUCAUCUUCGGGCGCUCUCGGUCUUCGGGCCGGAGCGUCGUGCACCACCGCGUCUGCUGGAGUGCCAGCCCGAUGCUCGUCAGUCUCUUCAUGCUGCUCAACCUCGUGGCGAUGCCCAUGAAGGCGUACAUCUCGGAAGCCUUUCCAUGGACGUCCUUGGCACCCAUGCCAUCGUUUGCGUCGUUCAGCAGCUUUAACGCGACAACACUCGUCGACUUGCAAGCGCGAUACAACUCGGCGACGCUUCCUAAGGGCGCUGCCAACUUUGCCGACGGCAACAAUGGCGCCCAAGUGCUACGCCAGCUCCUUCCACGCGGUCCAUCCAUUCCCCAAGCCCGCUGCACCUCGGAUUUUCUUGUGGGCAAGCCUGGUAGUAUUUACUAUGGCAGCUACACCCGGGACUUGCUCUGUGCGUUUGCUGCCGCGAACGAUACGACAGUGCACUCGGACCCCUGGGAUCGUCGCGGGUCGUGCAUGACCACGUCGGCGCCCGGGCUUGUCCUCGGCUACCAUUGCAUCUGGCUCACGGCCGGCGAUGCCCUCCAUUUGUCGAGUCCGCCUCCUGGUGUUUACACGCUGACCUUUGCCAUGGCAAUUGCUCCGUACCCUCACUGGUACUGGACCAAGUUUGUCUACCGCGUGGGCACCACAGUCGGCAUUGGGCUGCUGCUCUGGCGCCGCUACUACAAACACUGCGUAGCCCUCCAGCGUCAACUGGCGCGCCUCGGACACGCCCACGAGCUUCGCUCUGGCGAGUAUUCGUAUGUGAUUUCGAUCGGCGACCCGACCGCGGUGGUGCUGACCAACCCGUGGGUUGCGCUCGCCUUCUUCGUCGACGUCUGGGCGAGCUUUGACACGCUCUCGUUUGCCGUCCUCCGUGGCUCGCAGAACGAAGAUGCCAUCGAGCUUCUCGUCGCCUUCCUGUACCUCUCCCGAGCGGUCUGGCUCGCGUACUUUGGCCUCUCCGUCAUGUCGGCGGGCCUCAAGCACUGGAGGAAAGAGCACGUCUUUGGCGAGGUGGACCCGACGCUGGUCGCGAUUGCCGUCACGAUCUAUGGCCCACUGCUCACGUACUUCAUGGGCAACUCGGCCUGGCUACUGCAAGUCUACUGGUACCUCGAAGAGUGCAUGGUGCCCACGUCGGCGCACGGCCACGAGCUCGUCGUUCUGCUUCCUUGCCUCAUUUACACGCUAAGUCUUACCAUGGCGCCGCUACUCUUUGGCCUCGUCAAAGCCAUAGCAGUGCGUUGGCAUGACGCCACGGAAAGCGACGAACGAUACAGCAGCCUCCGCUUCACGACAGCCAAGACGCGGGCCAUCGUUGCUAUCUUUCGCCUCUGCCAGCCGCAAGUGGCGGUCUCAGUCCUCAAGCUCGGUGGGACCAUCUAUGCUCUCUUCGACGCAGCGCCGCGCUACAAGGCCAACCCGACCAUUAGCUACGUUGGCACCGAUUGCUUUGUGUAUUGCUAUCGCAACGGUGAGCUCGAGAUGCGCCUGCGGCUCAGCCUCCUCGAGGCGCUCGACGUCCACGCGUCGGCUAAGAGCGAGCGAGCUGCUGUCGACACGCGCGAGGUCUCGCCCUUUACCAUGCACGAGCUCGUGCUGCCCAUGGGCAUCCAGCGUCCUGGCGAAAGGAAGAUCAAGGUGUCACCGACGCCAGCGCGGAGCGUCCGCCUCCGUCGACCCCGCGAGCCGUCGGUGUGGUGUCUCUGA